AUGGUCAGGGCUUGUUCUGAGCUUUCUCUUCUUAUUUUCCUCUCAGAUAAACAGCUCUCUGGUGGGAUCAAGGGAAUUCGCAGCCAACUUCUGAAUGUAUCACAAGAAGUGGAGAACGUGCAGCGGAAGGUGACACAGUGCAAAGCGGAGUGCGGGAAGGAGCUGUCGGAUCGCCUCCGCACCCUGGAGCAAAGGGACGUGUUGGGGCCGGUGCAGCAGCAGCUGGCGGAGGUGAAGCAGGCGCAGAGCCGCGCGUCCGCGCUCCUGAACACGGCGCUGGAGCAGAUGCGAGGCCUCUCAGAUAUUCUCUGCUUGAAGUGUCCCGCCGGCUGGGAGCAGUUUGCCAAAACCUGCUACUACUUCUCCUCCGACACCAAAACCUGGCGGGAUGCUAAAGAAUUCUGCGCCAACUACAACGCCCAUCUGGCCGUUGUCAACAGCGAGCAGGAAAAUAAAUUUCUGGCAAAUCACAUCAUGGACAACCGGGUGUUCUGGCUGGGCCUGACCGACAUGCACACGGAAGGCAGCUGGCAGUGGGUGGACAGCCGCUCCCUCUCUAUGUCGUACGUUUUUAGCCUCAUCAGGUGGUAA